AGAAGAUUCUUGGAGAGAGGAUAAUUUGUGAAUCCAAAUUGAGUAAACUAGCUAAGGUGGCUGUUAUUGUUGAGGGUGAUACUUGGAGAUGGCCACCAGUUCAUUCCCUAGCUUUAUCUGAUUUAAUGCGAGAUACACUUGCUACUUUUCGGCCGAAUAGUAAUAGAGAAGAUGUAUUGCGAUGGGAGACAAAGCUUCUUCGCUUUGGUUUGGUACAGUCUAUGCAUUGUGUGCUGUGUGAUUGUUCAGUGGAGGAUUUGGAUCAUCUUUUCUUUGCUUACCCAUUUUCUGAGUGUGUUUGGAAUACUUUGCAUGCGAAAUGUAACUUGCCUUGGGUUCAAUGGCGUUGGCCAGAUACUCUUUCUUGGAUGGAACAAUUUCGUGGGAAGUCAUUGUCUUCCAUCGUUAUUCGGUUGAUGUUUGCAGCUUUGAUUUAUACUAUUUGGCAUGAGUGCAAUGCUAUGACCUAUGGGGAGGCUCCUAAACAUGAGUCUGCUGUUAUUCGAGAUAUUAUUUUCUCUAUUUGUGCACGAGUGAAUUCAUAUAGGGGCUUGGUUCCAUCUAAUGAGA